UUACUCGCUUCGUCUGCAUCUUUUGUGCCGGUUGCAUUGUGCCCUAACAUUAGAUUUGGGUUUGUGUUCCUGGAAAGCCGAAGCUGCAGGGUGUUUCAGUUCCCGGGACGUUCAAUGCCGUGUAGCUUCGCAUUGGAUUUUUGAUUGUGAAGUACUGCUUGUGGUGAAGAGGCUGAUUUUGGUCUAAUGCAGUGGAUGUCUCGUCCUCUGUGAAAUUUCGUUUGUGGAAUGCCCAUCACGACAUGGGCAGUUUGAAGAGCAGGGGCUACAUAAGUGGCCAGGCGGGCUAUGGCGAUAGAGCGGCUGUACCUUUGGGAAAGGGCGCGGGGAAGGCCAAUGUGUUCCGGAUUCUGAUCGCCGUUGUGGCUGUUUUUUUCCUGGUCGAGACGAUAGCGAAUGGGCUCGUGUUCCUCAAAAUGCGAGAUUCUGACUUGCAGGGAGGAUCUCUGAACUUCUUCACAAGAGCUUCUGAGACGAAGACGGUGCGGCCCGGUGAUGACGUUCGGUUUGUCCCCCGUCUGCUGCUGUCUAGAGGGAAGGCCACUAUGGCCGAGCUGAGGAGGGAACUACGAACUCCUGUGCGGCCUCCGUCGUUGGCAUUUAUAUGCCCAAAUCUUGCUUUAAGUUCUCUAUCUCUUUUCGUGUUGUCGAUCGCGACAGGAUUGAGAGAAAUUGGCUACCAUGUUGAGGUCCUCACUCUAAAAGAUGGGGAGUUUCGAUCCACUUGGGAAACCAUGGGUGUUGCUGUCAAGCUUUUGAAAGCCAAUUCAGAGAAUGUAACAACAGUCGAUUGGCUUAACUACGAAGGUGUGAUUGCGGUUUCUCUUAAUACGAAGUCUAUUCUGGACAGUCUUGCACAGGAACCGUUCACGAAAGUACCAGUUAUUUGGGUAAUUACUGACGAUGCACUAGGACGACGUCUUGGGAAAUAUAAAGCAGAAAAUUCGACGGAACUAAUUACUGAUUGGAUACGAAGUUUCAAACGAGCUGAUGUCGUAGUUUUCCCAGACUAUGCACUUCCGAUGAUCUAUACCACGAUGGAUACCGGGAAUUUCUUCGUCAUUUCAGGGUCGCCUAGAGAAGUGUGGACAGCUGAGGAGUAUAAGCUUACGCAUUCUCGAGACAGCCUACGUGCACAGUUCGAAGUGCAUCCUGAUGACUCCGUGAUUGCUGUUGUUGGGGGUCCUUUUCUUUACAAUUGGCGCUGGAGAGAACAUGCUUUAGUGAUUCGUGCGUUUACGAGGACUGUAUCAAUGCUGGGUAAUGCAUCUCAAAAAGGUGGUAGGCGUAUUCAGCUAUUUAUCAUCGGCCAUGGCAACCACUCAAGCAGCUACGGUGCUGCCCUGCAGGUUAUGGCAGAUCAUCUCAAGUUGAAGAAUGGGACAGUGCGCUAUGUAGGUGCUGGUGAGGACGUGAUAGGCGUUGUGUGGAUGUCGGAUGCUGUUGUGUAUGGUUCGUUCCGUGAUGAACAGGCAUUUCCACCGAUACUGGGUCUGGCUAUGAGCCUUGGGCGGCCUGUAAUCGCACCUAAUCGGAGAGCCUUUCGAGAGCAAAUUUCCGAUGGAGAAAGUGGCGUGUUAUUUCCUGUGGGUGAUGAAAUGAAACUCAGUGAAGCUAUGAUACGUGUAUUAGGAGACAAUACACUAGCAGUUGCGAUCGCGUUGACUGGGCAAUGGAAGGCUAGGAACAUGCAUGCUUCGAAUGUAAGUCUGGGUUACGGUGAGCUUCUGGAGAGUAUUUUGGAGUUUCCUGCUGAGGCAGCGCUACCGCGGCGAUUAGAUGAAGCUGAGAAGAGUUUGAAAGGAGGAUGGCGAUGGGAAAUGUUGUUUCCAGCGAAUACUUCCUUCCAGGUGUCUUUUCAGUCCCGGAUGGGGAAACGAGUCCGUGAGAAUGAUGACGUGGGUUCUGGUGUCAUCGAUACUUUGGAGGUGCACUGGAAGUUAAUUAAUAGUGAAAGUCGAAAUUUCGCUGAAGAAAUUGGCUCUCAUGCUUCCAGUGUAGACCUGGAGAUUCCGAGCCAUUCCGAUCUGGACGAAGCUAAAGCGAUUCAGGAAGACUUAGUAGCAGAGAAAAUUGAACGAGAAGAGCUGGAGUGGAGAAAAGAAGUAGUGCAAACUUCUUUGGAAUAUAUCACAAAGAUGAUUCGAAAGACCGAGGUCCGCAAGGAUGAACUGAAAGAACGAUCUGAUGCAGAAAUUCAGCGCAAUGCACAGCCCUUAACUAUAUAUGAACCAUAUCAUGGCAAAGGUGCAUGGCCCUUCCUUCAUGAGGAGAACACGCUCUUUCGAGGCCUCAGUCUUUCAACGCUGGAUAGGCGUCCAGGAGAUGAUGAUGUUGAUGCAGAGGUGCGACUGCCUGGUCUCUUGAACGAAACAUACUACCGAAACUUGUUGUGUGAAUAUGGAGCCUUUUUUUCCAUUGCCAACCGUAUUGAUUUGAUUCAUAGAAACCCAUGGAUCGGCUUUCAGCCUUGGAGAGCUUCAAGUAAAGAUGUUGCAUUGACACCUGCUGCUGAAGUUGCUUUGGUUAAAGCAAUUAGUACCGGAAGGGAUGGUGAUGCUGUUUACUUCUGGGCUCGUACCGACGGCCAUGCUGGUACGUGGCAUCGAGAUUCUUCUGUAGAGCACCCAGAAGAUUUCUGGGGUUACUGCGACUCUGUUAACUCUGGGCGGUGCAGAGAGGCAUAUUCUCGGUGUUGGAGGCAUAUGUAUGGGCUGCCUACUACUUGGACAGAUUUGCCACCGAUGCCAGCUGAUGGUGGCACUUGGUCUGCUAUGCACUCCUGGGCUAUGCCUACACCAUCAUUUGUGGAGUUUAUGCUGUUUGCGAGUUUGGGAAUCGUCGUGCCUUAUGGCUUUUCUUACUACAUGUCACCAUGUAGCUCUACUCUGAUUAUUAGUAUUAUCAAAUUUGUUAUGCUUGACAGAAUGUUUGUGGACGCACUAGAUGCUCAGUAUUACGAAGAGCAUCUUGAUCUUGGAAGGUGUCCAUUUGUUAAGUUCCCGCGUGAGGGUCAACAUUGCUACUGCGGGCUACUUGAUGGUCUAGUUAAUGUGUGGGCAUAUCACAGCGCGAGGCGUUUGAUUUAUGUGGACCCCAAAACAGGAACAAUGGAAGAGCAACAUGCGCUUGAUUCACGCCAUGGCAAAAUGUGGGUUAAGUUUUUGAGCCGGGAUACCCUCAAGGGCAUGGACGAAGAUCUUGCCCAGGCAGCCGAUGAUAGCGACCUUCCUAGAGAGAGAUGGUUAUGGCCUCUAACAGGUGAAGUGUUCUGGGAGGGCAUUUUUGAGCGUGAACGACUAGAGCGAUGGAGAUUAAAGAUGGAAAGAAACCAAAAGCAGAAAGAGAAGCAAGCUUUGAUAAGGAGUCGCAUGAAACAACAGGCCAUCGGAAAGGUAGUGAAGCAUCCUCGUGCGGGAGAAAUCAAGCUUCCUGUCGGUGCAUCUCAGCAAGUUGAUUGAACCAGACAACUCUUUUACAGAAGAAGCAACUUCAUGGAUGUAGCUUGGAUCAAUUUAUCCAGCUUUCGGGACUGAUGGCAUAAUCUGUGAAGGUUCUCCACUAAAGUCGAGUGCGGAUGCAUUUCAUACAAGCAAAUCGAAGUGGUCCAAGUUUCAGUGCAACAGAUGAAGUUUUGAAAGUACUUGUCCGCUCCUUGAAGAGGCAACUUCCAGGAAUAUACGGGCAUUCGAAUAUUCCAAGAUGAGGCUCUAGGGUGAAAGAGGAGACGUUCUUUGAAUGUUGAAGAACAGUACAGGUUUUUUCUUUUGCAACGUAUGUAUCCAUUGUUUCACAUUGCUUAAGUGUAGGAUAGGAAUCAGCAGCGUUGAUUCAAAAAAGGACGAAAUUUUUUACAUGCCAGUGCUUGAAAAGCUUUUUUAUGAUCCCAGGGCCUGAAUCGGUAGGAUGAAGGAACUGUACCAUGAAUUACAUUGAAUGGGGAACUUCAAAUGUGGCAUUGUUUCAAAUGUCAUUGGGUCUCUUUUAUUUUGUGCAA